GCUCCGGGAGCGCGACUGGAGCGCCGAGGGGCGGCCCCCGCGCCCGGCAGAGCCGGCUGGCAGCUGUGCCGCGCCCGGUGCGGAGCGCCGGCUCCAGGCCAUGUGGUCGGGGAACCGCAGCGGCGGCGCGAGUAGCUGGGAGGGCGGCGGGGCGGCGGGCGGCGGGAGCCCGGGGCCGGCGGGGCCUCUGAGCCGCGCGCCGCCCUUCAGCCCGGGCACCUACGAGCGCCUGGCGCUGCUGCUGGGCGGAGUGGGGCUGCUGGGCGCCGGCGGCAACUUGCUGGUGCUCAUCCUCUACUCCAAGGCGCGGCGGCUCCGCACGCCCACCCACCUCCUCCUGGUCAACAUCAGCCUCAGCGACCUGCUGGUGUCCCUCCUCGGGGUCACCUUCGCCUUCGUGUCCUGCCUGCGGAACGGCUGGGUGUGGGACUCUGCGGGCUGCGCGUGGGACGGGUUCAGCAGGAACCUUUUCGGCAUUGUCUCCAUUGCCACCCUAACUGUGCUGGCCUAUGAACGCUAUGUCCGCGUGGUCCGUGCCCGAGCGGUCAGUUUUCCCUGGGCCUGGCGAGCCGUUACCUACAUCUGGCUGUACUCCUUGGCGUGGUCAGGGGCGCCUCUCCUGGGCUGGAACAGCUUCGUUGUGUUGAGGAUCUUCAGACAAUUCAAGUGAUCAAGAUUUUAAAAUAUGAAAAAAAAGUGGCCAAAAUGUGCUUUUUAAUGAUAUUCACCUUUCUGACCUUUUGGAUGCCUUAUAUUGUGACCUGUUUUUUGGUGGUUAAUGGUUAUGGACACCUGGUCACUCCAACAGUAUCUGUGAUUUCCUAUCUCUUUGCUAAAUCAAGUAGUGUAUAUAAUCCCAUUAUUUAUUUCUUCAUGAUCAGAAAGGUAAGCUUUGUAAUUAACUGAUUGUUUUCACCAUGUGGGUGGGGUUGGUGAAAAAUGUGCUUUCAUAGAGAUUAUUCAGAGCAGCUUCAAAGAUAAAGCCAUAAAUCAAGAAUUUUACAGGAAAGUAAAGGGUUCAGGAAGAAAUGUAGGACACUCUCAAGGAAAAUAAUAACAAUUCUGAGAUCUACCAAUGGAGGUUCACACUUCAUUAAAAUUAAUAUUUAUUUCAUCAGAAAGCAUUUUAUGUCUAGUAAUAAUAGCCAAAAUCAAAGUUAAUUCAUUUAAAAUUCUUACUCUUCUAUGCAGGUUAAAUCCAUGUUGUCUUUUUAAACACCAUGAAAUAGGCACUAAUAUUAUUGCUUAUUUUAUUUAUGGAUUAUGAAAUAGGUUCAGAGAAGUAACAUAACUUGCCUGAUCUAGGAAUUGGUGCCUGGAUUUGAACCUGAUUUGCAUAACUCCUCACCUGGGCUUAUAAAUUCUGGUAGCAUAUGGUCUGGUUAUUAUUCACAUGCCACAGCCAAUAUGUAGCUAAAAUUAAUUUGACUCAAGAGAGUUCCUCAAGAUCCAUUGGGAAUCUUCUUAUCUGUUUCUGUAGUAGAAAGGCUUGACUUGAUGGCUGUCAGUCAUGACUAGGAGAGCCCUCAUUAUGAUUGACAUGAGGCAGAGCCUUUAAGUUACAAAGCUUAAAGGUCUGAGAAUUUAAAAGUCAUGAAUAAUGGUUAAUUACUCCAUUGGAAUUUUUAAGUAAUAGGUCAUAUUAAAAACAGGCAACUAUGACUGUUCUCACCUCCAAUGCUGAGGAGUUUGGAAGAAGAGGGUACUUUUCUAUUAACCUUGCAAUGUUCAUGGCUAAAUGUCCCUCUUUCUGCUGUAUCUUUCCUUUUUCUUGAAUGCUGCGGGACUACCCCUCCGCCGGCUUACUCUCACGUGGCUUCCAUCUCCUUGCGCUGAUAGCUUUCUCUCCCUUUCAUAUGUUCUUCCAUCUAUCUAUUUCCUUAAACUCAGAGAUUUUAAACUUGGAGUUCUUAGAAUCUGAGAAUUACUUGAAUUGGCUUCUGGAGAGCCAUUGGAACCCCUGAAAUUGGACAUAAAACUUUAUGAGCAUAUGAAUAUGUGACUUUUUCUAGUAGGAUAGAUUAUAACUUUGAUUUUCCAAAGCAGUGUAAGACCUCCAUAUUUUAAGAACUACCACCUCAACAAACAAAUUGUCACAUUUUAAAUAUGUUACCUAAUACUUAUUUUUAGUAUCCUUUCCUUGGGUCAAUGGGCUAUAAACUCGUGCUUUUGAAACUUUAAUGUACACCUACCACACCUGGAGAUCUUUUUUUUUUUUUAAAGUGCAUAUUCUGAUUCAGUGUGUCUGGGUGCCCAAGAUUCUAAGAAGCAUUUCUAAGAAACAGAAACAAACAAAUAAAUAAAACAACAAUCUUCAUCCACAAGGAAGUUACCAUUUAUACAGGAAAACAUUUUUUGGCAUACACACUCUAUUCCUUAUAAUAAUGUAUGUUUAGCACUUAACCUGAUAUAGCAAACAAUAGUUUAAUGAAUAAAUAAAGUCUUGAACAAAUAAUUAUUUUUAAAUGUGAGUAAAAACUACAUGCUAACUUGUAUGUAAACGGGGUUUAAAGAAGACAGAAGUCAAUGUAGCUGGUUAUUAUAUUUCUCAUUGAUCCUUCCUGAUCUGGGAAAGCCCACAUAUUAAACUUUGAUUUUGCUCUAACAAAGAGAAUACAAAUUAAGUAACUGUUUAUGUAUCUGUUUUAUUGGCCAUUGUAGAAUGACUAUUUUAAUAACCAACCAACAUUUCAGUCCAUUAACAAGAAAAAGGUUUCAUUUAUUUAGAUCAGGGUCCACAGUCUAUUUGGUGGAAGAGGCAAGGAUGUUUCUUACAGGCCUUAAGGAAUCUAGGUCCCUUCAUGUUGUGAUAUUGCCAUCUUCAGACUUGACAUGCAUGGUCUGGUCGAAGUAGAGAAGCAGUGGGGAGGAGCCCCUAAGGGGGCUGGAGAUAUGGUUCAAUUUUGAGCCAGGAUGGAAAAGGAUCCUGGGUUCCAGGGAGCAUUCACUCUCUCUGCUAUGGCACUUUUUUCCAAAAUGAUUCAUAAUCUUCAUAGGAAAAAAAAAAUCAUUGCCUAAUUAAAGGCACAUUAGUGAGUACACCAGACUCUAAGCUGCCAGGUAGGGUCUGGCCUGUCCUUGCUGCUAAUAGGGCUCCCACACCAUGGCUGUCACCUGGUAGGUACUCACACUCUACUUAUGAAAUGAGUUAACACUCAAAAACCCCUUAAAGAAGCAGAUCUACCCACCCUCAUAGAAGGUACAUGCACUUGAAUCUAUGGAAUUUAUAAGGUAUUGAAAUUGUCCUAUAUGGUUUAAGAAGCAUAAAACUCCAGGGUUAUUUAGGUAGAUCUGAGCAUUGCCACCUAACUCUACACCCACAUCGACUAACAAAUAAAAAAUGACCCAAAUUAAACUCUACUGAUUUUCUUGCAUGUUUAUCCACAUUAAGGGCCAAACUUUUAAUUAACAUUCAACUUUAUUUUCUCCCUGCCCAGUUUCGAAGGUCCCUUUUGCAGCUGCUGUGUUUCCGGCUGCUGAGGUGCCAGAGGCCUGUAGAAGACCCACCAGCUGGGAGUGAAAUGCGGACCAGGCCCAUUGUGAUGUCACAGAAAGACGGGGACAGGCCAAAGAAAAAAGUGACUUUCAACUCUUCUUCCAUCAUUUUCAUCAUCACCACUGAUGAAUCACUCUCUGCCGAGGACAGUGACAAAACCAGGGGGUCAAAAGUUGAUGUAAUCCAAGUUCGUCCUUUAUAAGAAUGAAUAGUGGUAGUGAAAGAUGAGCCUUAUGUUGGACACCAAUUUUAGAUUUCCGAUAUAUGGACUCUGGGAAUCCAUUCUAUGUAAUAGCAACAGGGCUUUUGUAGCCCAGCAGGAAAUUGUAAUUGCCCCCAUGCUUGCCAGCCUCCGGGAGCAGUUGAACAAGACAAAUUCUUUUCAUUCGAUGGGUGCUUUUACACAAUGAAAACCCUCUCGUGGCACAAGAUGGGCACCUGGCACCACCAACUUCUCACAUGUUGGAAAUUUUCAUUUCAAGUAUCUUUUCGGAAUGACAGUAUUUUCCAAGGCACAUAACACAUUUUUCUCAAAAAUACUGACCUGAAAAAAUACCUUUGUCUCACAUGUGUGCGAAAUAGCUGGAAAACUUUGAAGUUUUUUAUAGUGUUGGGUCCUGUUCAGUGUCCUGUCCUAUAUUUGACCCAGUCAAGUUUGUCAGAGACAAUUCUAGGAUGAAGAAGAAAAUCAUCCUCUUCACUUUAUCUGAAAUAAAAGACUAUUGUAUGUGUGCAAUAUGGUAAGAGGAGCUUCAGAUGAAUGUGCUGCUGGGCCAGUCUCUAGCAGGUAAAGAAAACAGGAUGGCAAAUUUCAAGGAAAUGAUGGGGUAUAGGUAAUCAUACCCAAGUAGAGGAUGUACGUGGAGAAGAUGGUGUCGAUGGCAACUCCAUUUACUUCAUUUCAAAUAUAACAUGGCAGGAUUAUCCUCUCCUUUUAGUAAUUUCCCACAAUUUUGCCAAGAGUUCUAGAUUUAGAAAAGAAUUCCAAGCAAUGAACUGAACAAACCUAUAUUUGAAGGGGGGUAAAAAUUAAGCAGAAUUGUACUCAUCAAAUGUAUUAUUUAAUCUUUAUCCCCCUUCCACAAUCCAUCAGAUAAUUGAUAGUGUUAGUGAAGAGGCCAGUUUUCCAUGAGCCAUUUCCACGAGUUUAGACUAAAUUCAGAUUAUGAGAACUCAAGGAUUUCUUUGACAAUAUACAAAAAAAACCAGUGAAUCAUUUUUUUAAUUAGAUGACUGUCCUGCUAAUGUUGCAUCUUCAUAAUUAAUCAUGUUUGAAAGACUUGUAAAUAAUUUGAUCAGCCUAUUGAAGAAAGAAGAACCAAACAAAACAUUUUCACUAGUGAAAACAAGUUUCACUAAGUAAACUUAAAAAACCAAGUUAUUGGUCAUUCUGUUAUACAGCAUGGGGUUCAAGGAUAAGUUAGUAAAUUGCUUUUGAGAGUCUGAAAUGGACUAAAAUAUGGCUUCAUGUGUCCCUGAAAACUGUUUCCCCUUGUUUCUUUUCCACAUUUGUAUAUAGAGCUAUUUCAUUGAUAAAUAAAACGCUUCCUAUCCUUCACUUCUAGGACAUUAAUACCAUUUUUUAAACUGCAAAAGGUAACACUGGCACUUGAAGCCUAGGAGAUAGAAUCAGUUCAUUUUGUAACUCUCUAGAAUUCCCCCCAAAUCCCAAUUUACUCUUCUGGUUUUGUCAAGUGAAUCUGAGUCCUGUGCUUAGCUGAAUUCCAUCCACGUGAUGAAAUAUGCAGUUAACAAGUUAGGCAAAUUCUAAUGUUUAGUCCCAGGUUUUGAGUCAAUCCAAUCACGGCAUCAUUAUGUCCUUUAAGGAAAAGUGUGAUCAGUACCUUCCAUGAGGCCUCUGGGGCCUUAUUUUUUUGAGAAGUGAAAGAUCUC